CUACAUCAGGUCCUCAGUGAGGUGGGCGUAGAGCUUUGCUUGCGUCACUCUGAGACGAACAUGCAGCAGAAUGGCAGAAACAUUUCUACUGUGGUUCUUCUAUCUGACCUCACUGCUGUGCCACACAACAAAUCAAGCUCGACUGACUGUGAGCCCCAGCAGCUCUCAGCUGUUUGAAGGUGACUUUUUGUCUGUGAGCUGUGAGGGGGAGGACGGCCCUGCUGGAUGGACUGUGAGGAGGAACACGUCCAAACGACAGAGGAGUCGGUGUGGAGAUGGGUGGGGAAAACAAGUCGGUUCUUCAUGUACCAUCACCUACAUCUUCAGAAGGGACAGUGGUGUUUACUGGUGUGAGUGCGGAGAGGGAAUAACCAGUAACACUGUCAACAUCACUGUGACUGGUGGCCCAGUGAUCCUGCAGAGUCCUGUGCUUCCUGUGAUGGAGGGAGACAGCAUCACGCUCCUCUGUAAAGCAAAAUCCACACAUUCAAACCUCCCAGCUGCUUUCUAUAAAGAUGGCUCCUUCAUUGGGACUGAGUUGACAGGUCACAUGACCAUUCCUCGUGUUUCCAUGUCUGAUGAAGGCCUCUACAAAUGUCACAUUAGUCAUCAUGGAGAGUCUCCACCCAGCUGGAUCACUGUCACAGCCCCACUGACUACGCUGAUCCCAUCCACUGCUCAGCCUACAGAUUCAGCUCCGCCCCCUGUCUUAGCUCACCUGCCACUUGUAGCGACCCCGGUCUUCCACCUGAUGGUGUUCUGUUGAUAUUUUAUCUCCACCGUCCUUAUGUUGUUGUUACAUCGACAAAGACCCUCAGGUAACAUUCACUGUCAGAUACUCAGCUGAUCAUUGUAUCUGUUGUACUUUUCUUUUUUCUGUCUUAUAGAUACUGUUCAUAUGUAAAAUAAAAUAAAAAUCACAAGAGAGUAGAAAUCUUUAUUGAAAAUAGCCAGGGGUCAUGUACAGGUAAGCAGUCAGCAUGAUGGACACACCACGUGAAGGCAGACAAGAGGCAAAAAAAUAAGGAAGAGGCAAUACACAAGGACAUAAGGAAAAAUCAGAAGAAAUCUGAACCAUGACACAUUUCAUUUCUGCUUUAGUAUGCAGCUGCACAUGUGCCUUCCUCAUAUGUUUAUUUUUACUACUUCAAAUUGAAAUUUUUUGUCAUUUGUUUCCUUAUUUAUUUUGCCAGUUUUGGUCCUCCAUACAAAAAACAAACUUU